AUGCGACUGUUAUCGGUUUGUCUGGCCACCCUUCUGGCUGUCUCGGCCAAAAGUAAAUACAUUGUCCCGGGAGGUAGAUGGCGCGACACAAAUGGGAACUUCAUUAAUGCGCACGGUGCCGGAAUCACCUUUGACCAGAAGUCCGGCCGCUUCUGGUGGUUCGGCGAAUAUAAGACAGAAGAUGAGCCGGAGGGGGGAGGCGUCUCUGUUUAUAGUUCGGAGGAUCUGAGUACCUGGAAAUCGGGGGGACUGGCCCUAGCUCCAAUCAAGGGACACCCUUAUAUCGCUCCAGGUGGUGUUAUCCAACGACCUAAAGUGGCCUACAGCCCGGAGACUGAGGAUUAUCAUAUGUGGUGGCAUGCAGAUAACUCCACCUACGGGAUCCUUCUCCAAGGCCACGCGGUGUCCUCCACGAUCGCCGGGCCGUACACUUUCGUUGACGCAACAGCGCCCCUUGGAAACUGGUCUCAGGAUUUUGGCUUGUUUACCGACUACAAGGACGGCCGAUCCUAUGCCCUCUACUCGAACGGGGAUAGUCAAGAUGGACGAGAUGUAUACAUCUCCAGCAUGAACAAUAACCUCACGGCGCUCGAUAAGGUCGUGCAUCGAUUCCCAAAAUUCGAUCUUGAGGCUCCUACUAUUGUGCAGACAGAGAAGAGCUACUGGGCACUUAUGAGCCAUAAGACGGGAUAUAGGCCGAACAACGUGGUGGCAUUUCGGGCCGACUCGCUAAGCGGUCCCUGGUCGCAGCCGUUUAUUGUUGCACCGUUGAAUACUAGGACUUUCAACUCGCAGUCUGGAUACUCGCUCAGAAUCGAGGGGACGAAAAAGACAACGCACCUAUACAUUGGAGACCAAUGGGACUCCAAUUCUGUUUGGGACAGUCGUUAUAUCUGGUUACCAAUUCAGACUGAUGAGUCUAAGAAGACUCUCGAGUUAGAGUGGCACGAUGUUUACGAUCUUGAUGUCAAAACUGGGGACUGGAAACCUGUCAAAGGAACAACAUACACUGCGAAAAAGGCAAAGACGCACGGUGAUACAUAUAAGCAAGAAGCUAACUUUGCUACCGAUGGCAUUAUUCUCACUGGAAUAUAUGGGAACGACAGCACUGUUACGUUUGAAAAUAUUGAGGGAUCUGGAAAACCCCAAUGGGUGUCGUUCUACUAUCAAAACACUGACGAUUUGGGUUUCGGCGACCAACCAGGAGGUACCCCAGACAGAAUCGGCGGUUCAUGGCAACUACGUCGGAUUAGCAGUGUGGUGGUCAACGGAGACCCUUCGAGCAUACAAACUCUAUACCAACGAGAUACCCACAAAGGUGUCAUCCUCUCCACUCCGCUGCAGCUGACACUGAAAAGGGGGAAGAAGAACACCAUUACAGUCGGGGGGCUAUAUAAUGGGUUUGAUUACAAGGGUGCGGAUUUGGAUCGGAUAAUUGUGUAUCCUACUGAGAGGUAA